AAAAAUAGUGCAAGAUUUGUGAUGCAUACAUAACGCAUAUACAACGCAUAUACAACGCAUAUAUAACGCAUACAACACAGAUAUAACACGCAUAUAACAAGAUAUUAAAGAUAAACGCGUUAUUAAUAACGCGAUGCCUCGAACUUUAUGAUGAAAAAUACAUUACAUACACCAAAUACAGAUUCAAGAGAAAUUGCAUUAUGUACACCACAGUCAAUUGAUGAAGUAAUACGGGUUGUUGAAAGUGCAAUCCAAACAGGACUUGAAGCAGAGCCUUUAUCGAAUAUUUUCGAUCCAUUGCCUAGUUAUGUUCCCUCACAAAAAAUAUCGAUGCAGCCUCCGGCAUAUACACCGCCUUCUCCUCCACUUACGAUACAACGUUCGAAUUCGGCAUCUAUAUCAAGUGUACCAUCAGAAAAUCUAUCAUUUGCAAAUUCAUCAAUUAAAUUAUCAGAAAUUUUAAAUCAUUGGUGGAUGACGGAGAAGACAUAUAUAAUAGAGCUUUCUAUUUUUCAGGAAUUGCUUUUACGGGGAGCGCUUAUGUCACAGUUAAAUGUAUCAUCAUUGGAAACUAUUUCUCGUUGUAUCAGUAUUUUUAUUACGGCUAGUAGCUCUAUUAUCAAUACGUUUGAAAUGUAUAUUCCGCAACAUUUGCUUCAUAAAACAUUGAUGAAUACUAUUCCAAUGUUUACAGAUACGAUAUUAGAAUCUUUCGAAUUAUAUAUAUCGGUAUAUACGUUAAAACUAGAUGAUCAGUUUUUAAGUCCAGAUAAUCAUAAAUGGCUAACUAUUGCAUUGAGCAAUUGUGGAAUUCUACAAUCUACGAGUACUAAAAAAUGUCAAUGGCUUUUAAGUAGUCCUUUACAUAGAGUUAAAAUAUAUACGCGGAUUUUUCGGAAAUUUCUUCGUGCUUUAGCAGAUGCAGAUGAUGAAUUAAGUGAACAAUUUUCAUAUGCACAUCAAUGUUUUCACUUAUUACUUUCCAAAGCACGUGGACAUAUUAAAAUGAUCCGAGAGGGAAUAGGGCAGACACCUUCUGCUCCUAAUAAUAUGGAUAUGCUACAUAAUUUAACCUGUAGUGUUCGUCAGGUUGAAAAGGAAUUAGAUGUUAGUAAAAUGAGGGAUUUGUUUACUCUUGAACCAAAGAAAUAUAUUUUGGAUCUUCAGCCUCCUCAACUUCCAUUUGUUCGCUCUAUAAUUGCUCGAUCUAAUUUCUUUCUUAAGAUGAUUCACAGUAUUACUGGUGAAAUUAUUCAAAAAUACAUUGAACUUAUUCUUUUGACCGAUGUUAUAUUAUUUCUGGACAUAGAAGUUCCUAAAUAUAAAUUUCUUAUGUUUCAGCCUUUUUUAACUAGGAUAUUUAAAGUUAUCGAAACGGAUGAUGAACAAACUUUUAUACUUUCUAUUUAUGAACGUGAGCAAAUAUAUUUGACUGCUGCUAGCAAGAAACUCAAGAAACUAUGGAUCAAUUUACUUUCAUCUAGUCGCGCAGUUCAAAGCAUCAAUUAUUCAACAUUUAAGUUGUCACCAGUAGGUAAUCCUGUUAUUCCAAAAGAUACAGGAAAUUUUCCUACUAUUUUUGAUGAAAUGAAUCAUCGUUUAUCAUCUGAUUUGACACCAUUUAAGAAAAUUCUUUUACCAUCGCGAUCAUUAAAAUCUCAAAAUCAAGAUAAAUCUCAUACUAAAAAUCAAUUAUCUAUAACAUCAGAGAAGAAUAAUCAUGUCAUUGAAAAUGUGGAAUUAAAAAGUACCAAUACAAAAGAAAGAAAUUAUCAAUCAAUACCUGCAAGUCAGCCACAUCUCAAUACUUAUAAUGUUCUUGUAGCUCAUCAAAACAAAUCUGAAUCAACUAUUUCUAAGUCAGCAGAAUAUAUGCAAAAAAUAAUAUCUAGACCUACCUUUGAUCAGUCGGGUUUGAAUACUCAUUUAUUUCCUCAGCCUCCAGAUCGUACAUCAAAUGGUAUAUUUUCUUUUCCUGAUAAAAAUAGCCGACCAAACAAUUAUUCAAAUUCAUAUAUAUUUUCAAGAACAUCAAAAAUUAGACUCGAAACAUUACCAGAAGAAAAUGAAUCUUUUAUAGAUGUUCCAAAAUCGCCAGAUAUUGAUAAUAAAAAGACUGAUGAACAGGAAUCUUCUGAACACAGUACAUAUUCUACAGAAUUGGGGCCGGAUUCUAUUUCGGAGGCAACAUCAACAUCUUAUCUUAUUAAUGAAAAUAAUUCGAUUUCAUCAUCCAAAUCUUCUAAUUCAAACGUGGAUUCAAAAGAAAAUGAGUUUAAGCAGUUAUCAUCAUCUUAUAAAGACUAUAUAACUCAAUCAGCCACUGAUUCUGAUGUUUCUAUUUCUUCAAAAUCAACUCGAAGCUCAGGAAAGACCAAGACUGAGUCAGAUACAACUUCAUCCACAGAAGAACAAACAUCCUCAGACAUUAAUUUAAAUACAUCUCAAAUUUCAACAGCACCACAACUUCCUAUGCCAGAUUUGGGAAGAAUAUCAUUGACUUCUAUGAUAUUUAAUGAUUCCGUCUUAGGAUUCUCAUAUUCAGAUCCUAAUGCUACAAAAACAUCUGAAACUUCAUCGAAUAAAAAUAAUUCGGAUCAUACUGAAAUCCUAUAUAGAAACAGUAAAUUAAUUAAUAAGCUACCUCCAUCACUUUCAUCUGAAAAUAGUGAAAUACUAUUUUGUGAAAAGGCAACCGUAUUCUUUUGGAAUUCUACAUUUUGGAAAAACGUUUUUGAUAUUGAAGAAAAAGUGUUCCUUAUAAUCAAAUAUACAUGUACAACGGAUAUGUUCACGUUAGAAAUUUGUAAUUUAUCUUCUCAAGAAAUUAUUGUUUGUGGAGAAUUACAAAAAUAUUCUACGAUAGUAAGACAGUCCAAGCAAGAAAUAAGCAUAGCAUGCUUUAUACAAGAUCGAAUUUCAUAUAUUUUGUCAAAAUUUAAAAGUGAUAGCAAUGCAGAUCUUUUCUAUAUUGUUUCAUAUAGAAUCAUUAAUCGUGAUAAUCCUUGGGUAUUACAAAUUUUUAGAAAUCACGAGUCUACAAAUUAUGAGUGUAAUUCUAGUAAUCGUCCAUUAAAUACGACACCUAAACCUACAGAUUCUUCGAAAAGUUCUAAUAAAAAAGCCGGCUUGAUAUUAAGUAAAAGUAAAGCAAAAGUAUUUAUCCAAACAAGUCCAGAACAAUGGAAGUAUCUCGGCUCUGGCAUUCUUUGGAUUACAACAUUGGAUUCUGAUUCUAAGAAAAAUGUUUUGGUUGCCAAAAAAACUAAUCAACCAAACAAAUCAUCAACCAUUUUGAAUGGAGUCGUUUCUAAGUCGGAUUAUCAGCAAUCUGGAAGAUCUAGCAUUUUUAUGAGAUGCUUUGACGAAUUGUCUAAUAAAACAAUAUCUUAUACGAUAAAGGUCAAGAAUGGAAAACAAGCCAAAUCCAUUAUCAAUGUUCUAAAUGCUUAAGUCAUCGUACCGUAAAUUUUCACUUUACCUUUUUUUCAUUUGCAUUUAAAAGGUAAACGUAAAUAUUUAUAAGAGAUUCUUAAAAUUACAAUAAACAAAUUUCAAACAGAAG